AUGUGGAAUUCAACAUAUCUGAUGUUGGAAAAUGCUGUGAAGUUCAUUAAAGUUUUUUAUCGGAUUGAAGAAGAAGAUGAAGAUUACAAUGAAUACUUUAAAAAGAAAGUUGAAGAAGAACCUCCUAGUCCAUAUGAUUGGGGUGUUGCAAAAGAGUUUAUAGUCUUUUUGAAGCUAUUUUACUCUAUGACAUUGAAGUUUUUUGCAUCAAAUUUUGUGACAUCUAACACAUGUUUCCAGCAAAUAGUUGCAAUGCAAACUAAGCUUAAGACAAGUGCAACUAAUUCUAAUGCUCUAUUGGGUGACAUGGUGAGAAGAAUGCAAAGUAAGUUGGAUAAAUACUGGGGUAAGGCAGAUAGCAUGAAUUCAUUGUUGGUGAUAGCAGUGAUACUAGACCCUAGAUACAAAUUUAAAUAUGUCCAAGUUGCUUUGGAAAAUAUGUAUUCUGAGCUUAUACAACGUGAGCUGGUUACAAAAAAUAUCAUGGAUGUCUUGUAUAGCUUAUAUGGUGAAUAUUCAAAGGAUGUCUUUGAUAGUGAAGCUUCUCAAUCUCAAGCAAGAGCAGAGCACGGUGAUGACAAUGUUAAGGAGAAUCAAGAUUCAAUUCCUGAUGAUGAUGUUUUGGCGGUCAUAGAUGAUGAAACAAUGAGACAAUUCUAUACAAUUGCAAGCAUUGAACGCCAAGAGGAAAAAAAUUCGGAGGUGGAUGAAUAUCUUCACGCUAAGUUAGUUGCUUCUCGUGAUCCAAAGUUUGAUGUUUUAGCUUGGUGGAAAGUGAAUGCUUUCAAGUAUAAGGUCUUGAGUUUGAUUGUACGUGAUGUGUUAGCUUCACCUGUCUCUUCAGAAUCUGCUUUUAGUACGGGAGGUCGAGUACUGGAUACUUUUAGGAGCUCCCUCUCUGCAAAAAUGGUGGAGGCACUCAUUUGUGCUCAAAGUUGGCUUUCUCAACCUACUUUCAAAUUGAAAGAGCUUGAUGUUGAUAAUUUUGAUGAGUCUGACAAUCUUGUUAUUGAGGAAGAAUCAGGGGCUCAACGUUCAACCGUCUCUAGUGAUUCUAAAGAUGACGAUGACGAUGACGACGAUGACGAUCCAAUGCAAGAUUAA